AUGACAGGUGACAAGCCCUGGCCACAGGUGCCUGUGACCAACAAAAGCCAUACAGAGGCAGCUGUGGUGAUCAUCGGAGGCGGCAUUUCAGGCAUAUGUACCGCUAUUGACUUGAUCAAGAGAAACAAUUGUAAGAAUUUCAUCAUUCUUGAAAAGAGUGGCGGGCUUGGAGGUACCUGGCGGGACAAUAAAUAUCCAGGAUGUUGUUGUGAUGUCUGGUCACACCUCUACAGCUUUUCCUUCGAACAGAACCCAGACUGGACCCGGGAGUACCCAGGACAAGAAGAGAUUCUGGACUACCUGACGGGUGUUGCUCAAAAGUACGAGCUCUACCGCUACACUCGCCUGAACACCGCCGUCGAAUCGGCCUACUGGGACGAUGCUACGAAGAAGUGGAAGACCACUGUAUCAGUCCAAGGAGGUAAAGACGCCGAGUUUGGGAGCUCAUACACCCUGACCUCGGAUUUCCUUGUCUCCGCUGUUGGACAAUUGAACGUGCCAAGACUGCCAGACAUUCCAGGCUUAGACGAGUUUCGAGGCAAGCUGAUGCACAGCGCCCGCUGGGAUUGGAGUUACGAUAUCCGGAGCAAGAAGGUUGCAAUCAUCGGGAAUGGAGCCACGGCUGCACAGAUUGUCCCCGAAAUUGCUAAGGAGGUCGGCCACCUCACCAUCCAUCAAAGAACACCCAACUGGGUCAUCCCUCGACUCGAUACUCCGAUUCCCUCAUGGAAGAGGGCUUUGUACCGACAUAUCCCCGCCAUCCGAUGGCGGAAACGAGCCGAUAUGAUGGACUUCCGCGAGAGCUUCUACGAUGCUGUCUUCGACCACUCGUCCACGACCGCGCAAUUGAUCGAGGCGCAAAGCAUCGAGCAUAUGCAUCGCCAACUCCCCGAUAGGCCAGAUCUCUGGGAAAGGUUGCAACCGAAGUAUGCUGUUGGCUGUAAGCGAGUCAUCAUCUCGGACGACUAUUUCCCUGUAUUCUUGCAGGAAAAUGUGAAGCUCGAAACCCGAAAGAUUGACAGAAUCACUGCCAAAGGUGUUGUCGCUGGAGGCCUCGAAGAAGAAUACGAUCUCAUUAUCCUGGCAACAGGAUUCCGUACUGUUGAGUUCAUGCAUCCCAUCGAGAUUACUGGUAGCGGCGGACGCAAUCUCUCGAGCGUUUGGAAGGAAGGAGGCCAAGCUCUAUACGGCGUCACGGUGGAAAGCUUACCAAACUUUGCAAUGCUCUACGGACCCAAUACCAAUCUCGGUCAUAACAGCAUCAUCCUCAUGAUCGAGGCACAGAGCAAGUACAUUAAUACGCUGAUCAAGGAAGUCCUCCAUGUACGCCAAAAAGGUGGCAGCUUGGUGAUUCAGCCAAACCCCGAGAGGAUUCAAGAUUUCAACGAACAGAUUCAGUCGGAGCUGGAGAACAGCAGCUUUGCCGAUCCCAAUUGCAACAGUUGGUACAAGAUAAAGGAUAGUGGCAAGAUCACCAACAAUUGGAGUCGAACUGUUGUUGAAUACCAAAAGCUUCUUAGCAAGCUCGACUGGUCCGAUUACGAUCUCUCGGGUGCCGGCGCAGAGAGAGUGGCUAACAAACAUACAACUUAUAUUGGACGGGUAGUUGAAGAGACCAGAAUCAGUUACCAGACGAUCGCACUGACUGCUCUCAGCUUGGCCGCUGUAGGUGCGGGAGUCGCUCUGCGCCAUGCAGGCAGAUUGCGGUUGCCAUGA